GGCUCGGGUGGGAAAAAUGUCCCAUGUGCGCUGCUCCUCACCUGCGCCGCGCCGCUGCGCGUGCGAAUGGAGGGCUCACCUAUAUAUAAUAAAUCGCUCUCCAACGGCCGGCCCCCGCUGUCGUCCCAAAAUCCAAUUCCGACCUCGCCAUCGACGGAGGCGGCGUCGCGGCGCGGCGCGGGAUCGGGCGGCGCCUCCAGAAGCCUCUCGGACGGCCGAGACCAACAGGCCGGAGGAGGAGGCGAUCAGGACGAGCCCAAUCGCUCUCAGUCCCAGCUACCUCCCCGUUUCUUUGGGACCGAAUUCGGUUCGUCGUCAACCCCCAUUUUCCUCGAGUCGAUGAAGGAAUUGCUCGAAUCGAGGCCUGGAUUGACGGGUGUUUGAGGCUCGGUGACCGAGGAGCGCCGCUUCAGAUAUGAACGUGGUGGGAAGGGUUGGGUCGGUGAUCUCGCAGGGGGUGUACUCCGUUGCAACACCCUUCCACCCAUUUGGCGGUGCGGUUGACAUUAUCGCGGUUGAGCAGCCUGAUGGUUCGUACCGCACCACACCAUGGUACGUCCGUUUUGGGAAGUUCCAGGGCGUGCUCAAGGGUGCUGAGAAGGUCGUCACCAUCAGAGUCAAUGGCGUCGAAGCCAACUUCCACAUGCAGCUUGACAAUUCCGGCCAAGCCUAUUUCAUGCGUGAGCUUGUGCCCGGCGGUGAAGAUUCUGGAACAGGUUCAGACGACGAAACUGUCAAUGAGCCUGAACCUCCAGCGCGUAGUAAGAGUGAUGGGGAACUUUACAUUGGUCCUAGCGACAGACUGGGUAGCCAAGAGCUCAAUGUGGAGCAUCAAGAGAAGCAAACUAGGGAUGAGUUUGAGUCAUAUGAUGGUUAUGGUAGGUUAGAGGAAUCAGAAGAUUUGUCAACCCAAGCGGAUGGGGGAAAUUCGGAGGUGGUUCUAGUUAGUGUGGACGGACAUGUGCUCACUGCACCUAUUUCUUCAACAGAGGAGGGUAUGGAGGAUGUGCAGUUAUGCGACCCUCAGUUUCAUUUGGGACCUGGGCAGAGCUCUAGUGGGGAGUUCACCCGAAGUGGCGAGGUCUGGGAUGCUGACAUUUUAGAUGGUUUAUACAUAUCACAGGAAAAGGUAAAGAUUAAUUCUGGACAUCAGUCAGAGGUUUUAACAGAGAAUGGAGAGGUACCGGUUGAAAAGGAUGGGUCACAUCACAUCUCAGUGGACAAAGAUGAAGUACAUGUGUCAAUCAAUGAUGAUGAAGCUCAUGCUGUUUCUACAAAUGAAGUUGAGGUUCAGGAUGUGUCAAGGUCAGGGAAUGGUGAUGUGGUUUAUCAAACCAUGACCAGUGAAGGUGAGUCCCAUAGUAUUUUAGGGGACAUAGAUGUUGGCCAUCAAACAUUGACCAGGGAGGAUGACUCUCCUGGUGUUUCAGGGGAGAAUGUUGUGGGUUAUCAACCCUUGACCAAUGAACAUAAAGCUCAUGAUAUAUUAGAGAACAAUGAUGAGGAUCAACCACCCCUGAACAAUGAAGAUGAAUCUUGUGAUGUGCCAGUGCUUGAAAAAGACAAGGAUUGCAACUCCCCAGCUAAUAAGGAUGAGGUUUGUGAUCUCAACAAUGAGGAUACUGAGGAUACCAGUGCUAGUUUUGGUAAAAACGACGCUUUCCAGAGCUGUUUGGAUCUGACGUCACAAAUAGAUGACGGGGAUUCAGGAAACGAACUAUUUUCACCUGGAUCUGAUUCUCAGAGGGAUGCUGAGCAUAAUUUGGGUAACUGUUCUGUUGCUGAAACAGAUUUGGAGGAAGGUGAAAGUAAAACUGCUUACUGUGGUCAGUAUGGUCCUUUACAGGAGGGAGUGAAUGUUUCAUUAUUUACCUUAGAAGUUGAUAAGACUCAAAACAAAGAGAGUUCUCCUGCUGGAGGUUCUCAUGAUAGGGACAAGGAAAUUGCCUCUGAAAUUGAGGCUGCCGCAUCUGAUGGUUUACAGUCAUCCAUGGCGACCAGUGGUAAAGACAAACUGGGGAGCAUUCCAGAGCACUCAGAAGUUGAAGAUGAACAGAAUAAAGAAGAACAUUCUCAGUCACAGAAUGGCUUGGGUGUUGAGAUUUCUCUUUGUGGGAACAUGUUACGACCAGGAAUGGGCCGAGAAUCUGCUGAGGAAGUGUUUCAACAGAAUCUUGUCCAUGAGGAGGAUUUCAAAUCAUCUGGAUCAACAAUGAUAAAAAAUGCAAACCUUAUUGUCAAAGUUGACAAUAAUUAUUUCCCCUGGAAUAAAGUUUCUCAUGUUAUUCUUGGGAAGGCUGUAUAUGGCUCAAAGUUUCCCUUAGAACCCACUGAUGCUGUUCCGGUUGAACAACAGGAAACACCCAAAUCAAGAGAGGACUCUCUUAGAAUGUCUCCCUCAAGCCGGAGAUGGAGGCUUUGGCUCAAUCCCUUUCGGAUAACAAGAUCCCUUCAACGUAGUAACAGUGAUUCUUCCGAAGACAUUUUCCUUGACUCAGAGUCUGUUUUGAGUCCAAUGGAUGAUCAAACUCUGGAGAACAACAAAAACCAGUCACCUAGAAAGCAAUUCGUACGGACUUUGAUUCCCACAAGUGAACAGGUAGCAUCUUUAAAUCUGAAGGAGGGCCAAAACUUGGUGACCUUUAGCUUCUCCACCAGAGUUCUUGGGAAGCAACAGGUUGAUGCACAUAUUUACUUGUGGAAAUGGAAUGCUAAAAUUGUGAUAUCUGAUGUGGAUGGCACCAUAACAAGGUCUGACGUGCUGGGUCAGGUCAUGCCUUUGGUUGGACGUGAUUGGAGUCACUCAGGUGUUGCUCGCCUUUUUUCUGCAAUUAAGGAAAACGGUUAUCAACUACUAUUCCUUAGUGCUAGAGCAAUUGUCCAGGCAUAUCUCACGAAGAACUUCCUCUUUAAUCUCAAACAGGAUGGGAAAGCACUACCCAAUGGGCCUGUUGUAAUUUCACCUGAUGGCUUGUUUCCUUCACUCUACCGAGAAGUUAUACGGAGAGCCCCACAUGAAUUCAAGAUUGCUUGCCUGGAGGACAUUAAGGCGCUCUUUCCUUCUGAUUACAAUCCAUUUUAUGCUGGGUUUGGUAACAGAGAUACUGAUGAGCUCAGUUACAAGAAGAUGGGAAUACCUAAAGGCAAGAUUUUUAUCAUCAACCCAAAGGGUGAAGUGGCUGUCAACAGUUCUGUUGAUGUGAAGUCUUAUACGUCCCUACAUACCCUUGUCAAUGACAUGUUUCCACCAACAACUCUGGUUGAGCAGGAAGACUACAACAACUGGAAUUACUGGAAGGUGCCAUUACCAGAUGUUGAUUUGUAGUGUAGUUUUGACAGAAACAGCCGUAGAUACCAGUAGAUCCUGCAAAAGCCUAGCAGUAGAGCUUCCUGUACCCUAAUAUUCAGCCACCACGACGGUUUUAGGUCCAAUUUGUGAAGGUCUCAAGAAUUCCGGGAUGUAUGGUUUUCUGAAAGCCAAUGGCCCAAGGAAACGUUGCCACUUUAUUUCCUUCGACGGAGCUUUCACGUGAUCAUACGGCUUUUGGGUAGUCAUCUGAUUGUCUUCGUCGAACUUGUUGUACCCAGAGGUCUGAGCCCUAGACCCUCGAUUCAUUAGAGAACUCGUGAUCUGGUCAUUGUCCAAGCUACUUUGUUCUGAUUGCAGGAAAUCUUUAGGUGCCAAAAGCAGCUGUACAUUUUUUUUUUCGUGAUCCAAAAACAGCUGUACAUCGUAUAUCAGCGCAUAGAAGAGAAUUGCUAAGCAUAUCUGCAUCUUGAAACCCUUC